AACAGGCGGGGACUCUGACAAGGCCUGGCAGGCUGUCAGAACAUCUAACAAUAAAGAUCUGGGGAGAAGCCAGGCUUCCUAUCCCAGGGAUAGCUGAUCAGUCUGUACUCGGCGGAGGAGACAGCAGAGGCAGCAGGGGUAAGGAGUCGAGGCAGGCUCCAAAAUAUCUCCUGAACUAUGGGCAAAAGUGAGACCGCCGUCCUCUCUGAACGCAGAAAUCAGGACGGUCAGGUGUGGGAUUCCGUGAAGAAAACAGCCUUUGUGUUGGGCACAGGGCUUCUGACUUUCGCUGCGUUCAGGAACACGGUCACAUGGCAUAUGCAGUGUUUUUGGGGGGCAUCAGGGGACUUCUGGCAGACGCAAUGGGGCAAACUACACAGUUACUAUGGUGGCAAUGAACUGGCUUUAUACUGUUUAGGUGCGAUGGUGGUCCCCAGUGCUUCCUUUUGGCUGUAUAAUGCAGUCCUGAUGCUCAUCGACCUUACAGGAAAACCAAAGUGUAUCACCCGGUACCGAAUUCAGCUUGGAAAGAAUGACCCGGUGGACCCCGGAAAGCUCAAGCAUGCAGUCAAAGUUGUGAUGUUUAACCAGCUCUUCCUGUCAUUUCCCAUGGUUUUGCUCAUGUACCUGUUCAUGCAAUGGAGGGGCAAUCCCUGUGGCACAGAGUUGCCCACCUUCCACUGGGUUCUCCUCGAACUCUCCAUCUUUGGGCUCAUUGAAGAAAUCCUUUUCUACUAUUCACACAGAUUGUUUCAUCACCCAACAUUGUACAAGCACAUCCAUAAACAGCACCAUGAGUGGACCGCCCCUGUGGGAGUGGUGUCACUGUACGCUCAUCCACUAGAGCACAUAUUCUCCAAUAUGUUGCCAUCUAUGGUUGGGCCAAUGCUGAUGGGCUCCCAUGUGGCCACCGUAAUGUUGUGGUUUUCUCUAGCUCUGUUCAUCACCACCAUCUCCCACUGUGGAUACCACCUGCCCUUCCUGCCAUCAUCAGAGUUCCAUGACUUUCAUCACCUUAAGUUUAACCAGUGUUAUGGAGUACUGGGAGUAUUUGAUCGGCUGCAUGGCACAGAUCUGGUGUUCAAGCAAUCCAAAGCUUCUGAGCGACAUAUAUUGCUGCUAAAUUUUACGCCUCUGACGCAAAGCAUUCCUGAGUCUACCAAAAAAUCAGAGUAACAAACGGCGUGGAGAACCUUGCACCAAGAUGAGAAGGGUAUUAACCCUCAAAAGACACUCGACCCAGUGUCCGCUUAUUAUGGAAAAGUUUUUAAUUCAUUUUAAUUGGAGGGGGUUGAAUGACAUAGGGAAAUCAACCAGCUGCUCAAUGAGAGAUGUACAAUUUUUUUUAUUUUAGUCAAUGUGUGAACCAAUAAAAGAGCAGAUGCUCCGCCAAGAAUAUUAGGCAUUAA